CGCUGUUCAAACCCGCUCCUGGCAACCGCCGCCGCAGAGGCCGCCGGGAAGCGGCCGGAGCGACGCGGAACUGCGGUGCCCGCGGCGCAGCCCGCCCUUUCCCGCCGCCGCCAUGGGCUGGGAGGAGAAGCAGGUCCGCGGGUACGCCGAGUUCGUGCAGACCGCGCAGCGCUACCACGGCCGGCCCAUCUUCGCGCUCUUUUGCGGUGACAAGGAUGCCGAGGGCAGGAGCUGGUGCCCGGACUGCGUGACGGCUGAACCGAUUGUUAGGAAGGAACUUCAUCACAUGCCUGAUCAGUCUGUAUUCAUCUACUGCCUAGUAGGAGACAGAGCCUACUGGAAGGAUCCCAACAAUGAAUUCAGGAAGAAUCUGAAACUAACAGGAGUGCCUACACUACUUAAAUAUGGAACCCCUCAGAAGCUGGUUGAAGAAGAGUGUUUUAAAGCAGAACUUGUGCGUAUGUUGUUUACUGAAGACUAAGUCCUCCAGUAGUCAAUCAUUUAUGAAGAUGUUAAUCCAGUCAUUUGCAGUGUCCUUUCAAGAAAUCAAUAACCUUCUUAAACUUUAAUGGUUAAUUACUUCAGACUGGUCAAGAUAAGUGUCAUUAAACUCUAGGUCCAAACCUUCCACUAAAAUCUUGCAAAAAAACCCCUGUAUCUUUCCUUUCAUGAUCAAAUAAACUUGAGUUUGCAAACA